UAAUUUUUAUCUGUAUAAAUAAAGACUUCAAAUCAAUAACGUACUGUGUACAAAAUAAUAUAUAAAUUAAGUCAGUUCUAGAAAAAUGUUUCUAGUACUAUACCCAAUUAAAACGAGUAAAUGCUAUAAGAAAGUGAAGAAAAUAUUAAGCAACUUAUGGUAUAUGAAGUUGAAUGAUUAUGUGUAUAAUGUUUUACUGAUUUAACCAAAAAUAUGGAUCUCUCAUUAUCUAAUACAACUUCAAAAAUUGAUAAAUGCAAGAAUAAAUAAUAAUGAGUACAGAUAUUGAUUUAAGUGUUCAUCCUUUGACUCAAGAUCCAACCAAAGCAUGGGAAAAAUUUAAACAAACACAAAAAAGCAUAAAAAUUCAACCUCCCAUACCUAAAGGCCCUGUUGCUGAUGACAAAGUAAGAAUUGUUUGUAUGAGUGAUACCCAUUCAAAAAUAUCCUUAAUGAAAUUUGAUGUACCAUUAGGCGAUAUAUUCAUUCAUGCUGGUGAUUUUACUAGCUGUGGAGGUUUGGAAGAGGUUAUAGAUUUUAAUAAUUGGCUUGGAACAUUGCCGCAUAAAUAUAAAAUAGUCAUUGCUGGAAAUCAUGAGCUUAGUUUUGACCCAACAUUUACUCAACAUACAAAUAUAAAUGAUAUUCCAACAUUAGGUUUUGAACAAGAUUUAAUAAAAAAUGCUGUCCAACAGAAGAAUAUUAAAAAUUAUUUAACAAAUUGUAUCUAUCUGGAAGAUUCUAUGACUGAAUGUUUUGGUUUGAAAAUUUAUGGUUCACCUUGGCAACCAGAAUAUGGAGGUUGGGCAUUCAAUAUACCCCGUGGUCAAUCUUGUUUAGACAAAUGGAAUCUUAUUCCUGCAGGAAUUGAUGUUUUAGUAACACAUUCACCACCACUAGGACAUGGUGAUGAUUGUUGUUCUGGAGUAAGAGCUGGUUGUGUUGAACUUUUGUUAUCUGUUCAAAAUCGAAUAAAACCAAAAUAUCAUGUUUUUGGACAUGUUCAUGAAGGUUAUGGAAUAACUACUGAUGGAAAAAUAAUCUAUAUAAAUGCAUCUAGCUGUGAUCUACGUUAUUUACCAGUAAAUCAUCCAAUUGUUUUUGAUAUAGCAUUGCCUAAAGGACAAGAGAAAAAAUAAAAAAAUAAUAUUAUACAUACUUUUUAUUUUGAAAUAUAUCAUUCUUUUAAAGCAUUAUGA